CCUAAGAUUGUAGGUUGCUAAACUUAAGCUUCUAACUCGUGACACGUUCGUGAUUUAAAGACAAUUUUGUAAAGUAGAAUGUUCAAAUCUCUUGCGCAUCAAGCAAUUUUUGUUAAUAAUCACUGUUUCCAUAACAGUCAACUUUUAUCAAUUUAAUUCCCUGAUUGCUCUGGGACACUCUCAAAACCGUGGGUAUGAAGACUGUUCUAUCAUAACUGUAUUUUCGGAGAGGGUUCACUCAGAAAGCUUAACAGCUCAACCUUUAUAACCGGAGGAGCAUCUUCAGAUUUGUUUGUUAAAACUAUGGAAUUAUCCAGGUUCUCUACUUAGCUCGUAGACUACCUUCUUUUCAGUUUUGGUUCUUUCAAUUCUUUCCUUUAUAUCUCUUCAACCCAAUGUUAGCCAAUUAAUUUCUUGAUUUCCUAUCUUGUAAUAUUUAUUGUCUCUUCUAUUUUUCCUAACGAGUCUUUGCAAUCAACCAGAGUGUGUCAGUUUUUAGUUUUUCUUUUUUUUUUCAAUCCAGUUUCGUUAAAUAUUUUUUAUCAGAUUAGGUUUCUAACUUUCUAUGGAUACCCUUUUCCAAGAUUUUCCUGCUUCCAUGUAUGGGUUCAAAUCAGAUAAUGACUCAGUGCCAAUGUAUUCAAAUCACAACCUUGUUAAUGGGUUUAAAGAGAGCAUUGAGCAAAAUUUUCCAAGUCCGCCUUCGCUUCCUUCUAGUCCAGAGUCUCCUGUUGAUUCUGAUUCAUCAUCAGGCACGAGUUCAGUUGGACAUCCUCUUGACAAUGUUCCUUUUGCCAAUGAAAUGCUCAAGUACAUAAAUGAGAUGCUAAUGGAAGAAGACCUGGAGGAAAAAACAUGCAUGUUGCAGGAUUGCUUAGCUCUCCAAGCUGCUGAAAAAUCAUUCUAUGAAGUCCUUGGCCACGAGUAUCCACUAUCAGCCGAUCCUAUAUCUCCAUGUACGGGUCAAAAUUGUUAUAAACCAGAUGAUAAUCUCAGCCAGAGCAGAAGUAUUUGUAGCAGUAUCAACUAUACUACUGCUACCAACUCGGUUGAAUGGAGUGGGAUAUAUAGUCCAGGUGAAUUCGAGUCCUCUUACAUUCAAACUUCUCUUAUUGAUUCUCUUGAAAGAACCUCUUUAGUGCCGAAUUUACAAAGAGAGACCACGAUAGAGCCUUUUAGGCACUUCAGAAGUGAGAUUGGGGAAGCCAGUAAGCCCUCUCUCAUUGGUGAUAAAGUGAAUUUGGCUCCAGAAAGCAACCUAUCAACGCCUUCUGUUCCUAAUGGAAGGUAUCAAUCACCAUUAGGGUCAAGGGGAAGGAAAAAUUAUCAGCGUGAGGAUGAUGAUCAUUUGGAAGAAGGUAGGAGCAGCAAGCAAUCUGCACUUUCUCUUGAAGAUUCAGAGCAGUCAGAGAUGUUCGACGAUUUACUGCUUUGCAAGGGUGAAAAUGAGGACUCUCCAAAAUGUUCUCUUUAUGGGAACUAUCAGCAGAAUGGACAGCUAAAAGGGCUAAAGAAAAAAGGCAAGAAGAGUGAAGUGGUGGAUUUAUGGAGUCUCCUUACUCAAUGUGCACAAGCUGUAGCCAUCAAUGACCAAAGGACUGGCAAUGAGCUGCUGAAACAGAUAAGUCAGCACUCUUCUUCUUCUGGAGAUGGAACCCAAAGAUUGGCACAUUACUUUGCUAAUGCCCUUAUGACGCGUUUGGCUGGCAUGGGAGCACCAUCGUAUUCACCUCUGCUAAGCAGCAGGACUUCGGCUGCUGAUAUCCUAAAAGCUUACGGAGUGUAUGCUUUAGCUUGCCCCUUUAAGAAAAUGUCAAAUUUCUACGCAAAUAAAAAGAUAAUGGAAGUGGCAAAAAAGGAAACCUCGAUCCACAUCGUUGAUUUUGGCAUUUGCUAUGGGUUUCAAUGGCCUUGCCUCAUCCAGCGUCUCUCAGCAAGGGCUGGUGGACCUCCCAAGCUUCGUAUUACCGGUAUUGAGUUUCCACAACCAGGUUUCCGACCUGCAGAAAGGGUGGAAGAGACGGGGCGCCGCUUGAAAAGGUAUUGUGAGAGAUUCAAUGUCCCUUUUGAGUACUACGUGAUAGCAAAGAAAUGGGAAACUAUAGAACUUGAGGAAAUAAAGAUUAAUGAAGAUGAAGUUGUUGUUGUUAACUGCAUGUAUCGGCUAAAGAACCUACCAGAUGACACAGUGGUGGGAACCAGUGCGAGGGACACUGUUCUGAAAUUGAUCAGAAGCAUCAACCCUGAAUUAUUAAUCCAUGGGAUCGCAAGCGGGACAUAUAAUGCUCCCUUCUUUGUGACAAGGUUCCGGGAGGCACUUUUCCAUUUCUCUGCACAGUUCGAUAUAUUUGAAGCUAAUGUUCCCAGGGAAGAUCCACAAAGAAAGAUGUUUGAGAAGGAGAUACUUGGCAGAGACAUUAUGAAUGUUGUUGCAUGCGAGGGUACCGAGAGGGUUGAAAGGCCAGAAACGUACAAGCAAUGGCAGGCUAGGACUUUGAGGGCCGGGUUCAAGCAAGUUCCAUUGGAUCAGGAGCUCAUGAAUAAAGUGACGAAUUUUGUCCAAUCUAGUUAUCAUAGGGAUUUUCUUAUAGAUGUGGAUGGCCGCUGGGUGCUGCAGGGAUGGAAGGGGAGAGUUAUUUAUGCCCUUUCAUGUUGGAAACCUCUCAGGAAUCAACUGUGAUGAGGAGUAAUAGCUCCGGCUGUAAAUCGCAGAUUAGUUUCUUUAGUAAUUCCUUCCAAGGGCUAUUGCAUCAUUCUGUAGACUCACCAUCCUAUCUGGUGUAGUCGUAAAAUAUGAAUUCCUAGAAGUAAAGGUUGCAUGUGUGUUAAAGCUUAUUAACUCCAAUUCGCUCUAUUUAGAAUGCUUUCUUUUGCGUUCACAAGCAAGUAGGUAACAAAUCCUUUGGUUUUCUUUUUUUUUUCCCCCUUGUUUGGCGAGGAGGGAAGUGUCUUCCCAGGUAUUGACUAGAAGGUCCCCAGAAGCGGUGUUUCAAAUAAGCAUACACGGUGACACGGGAAGGGCCCUGGAAAUAAACUUUGAAAUUUUGAGGAAACCCUUUUAUUUCUCACUGUAACCUGCCAUGACAUUAGCUUUACCAUUUCGCAGAUUACAUGCUUCAUUAUUAGAUGCAGGUUGAUGGCCAUCAGAUGACAAUCUUUUUGUGAUCAUUACUCAUGAAUCAGAUAUAUACUCAGAAUAGAAGCUAAGGCAAGGCUGCAACAAUAGUAUACUUCACAGAAAAGUUAGAUGCUGUCCAAACUACAAGCUCAAGCUCCCCCACUAAGAGAAAGUGGGGGAGAGAUGAUAUAAGAGGGUGGAGAGAUGAUAUAAGAGGGUCACUGUUGCAGUUAUUGAAAUAUCAGAAACAAUUAUCUGAUGGAAACUAAACAACUUUCAUAUAGAAUAUGUGUUGGACUGAAGACAAAUCCUACUAGCGCCACAACCAAUUAAGUCACUGUUUAGUGUUUUGAAGAAAUAUACAGCUAUUCACAAGAGAGCCAAUUCAGCACAAGCAGACAAACAGCUAGAAACUCAUUCAAGCUGUU